CAGAGCAGAGAGGAGGAGGAAGGAGAGGAGGAGGAAGAGGAGACGAGAGUGGAGGUGAGGAGAGGAGAGGAUGGGAGAGGAGUAAACACACCACAGAUGGGAUCUUGGCAUUAAUGACAUGGGAGUCAUGAAGGAUGACCUCCACUGACCUCUGCAGGAGAAUACGAUAAGCUGUGAUAUCAUGAGCGCUACGACGUCAGCAACGCCAAAUAUGGAGGUGGUCUCCCAGGAGAUGGCAUUGCUUAGCAACAUACUGGCAGCUUACACCUUCAUUGCAGACCAACCCGAGAGGGCAGCCUUGGUGUUUCUGGGCGGUGUCUCUGUCGGCCUUCUUGUCACACUCUGCGCCAUCGUCUUCCAGAUUCACUGUCGAGCAGACUGUCACUAUGGCAACAAUAAGCACCCUCACCAUCGCCACAGGAACAGGCAUCAUCACCGUCGCCAUCACAACUGUCCCCUCCAUCAACCCAUUGACAGUAAUCCAGACAGCACUGCUGUGGUUGCCUCCGGAGGGACCGGGCCUGCUGGGGACAGUGAAUCAGAGGACUGGGAUGACACGUCUGACCUGUCGUCACGGAGGCGAAGACGCUUCGAGAGAGCUCUGCUGCACGCCAGCAUGUUCACAUCAGCUGAGGAGCUGGAUCGGGCCCAGAGGCUAGAAGAGCGAGAACGGAUCCUCCGAGAGAUCUGGAUGAAUGGACAACCAGACAUCAGUACAGUCACUCAGAGCCUCAACAGAUAUUACUGACGCAUAAUCUAACAGGCAGAUAGUCAGAAGGACAUGAAGAUAGACAGGCGAGCACAUGGAUGAAAGGUGAAUAAAACAGAUAAAUAAAUAAAAACACUGGAUGAAAUUAACUUAAACCAUCAGAUGGGGAGUGCUGUCUGCUCUGCACCAAAGAGACUCUUUACAGAUCAAACUAUUAGUGACAGUACCGCCGGGAGCAGUCGCCUCCACUCUGUAAACAACAAGGAAACAUAUGAGUUGUGAUGGCUCAGUCCUCCAAUACAAGAUGACACUGAAGUGUCUGGAAGAAGAAUGACAUUGUGCUCCGAAAAGUCGACAAGUAGAGACACAAUGGACCUACAGACUCUGUACAGAGCACACACUGCGAUAUGUAACUGCUGUUAGUGAAAACCGUACAAGGGAUUUUAUAACUUUUCAAAUGUUUAACAGGUGCUUUUGAGAAACAUGGACAGAAAAGGAACAGGAGGCGAUGUGGAGGCUGAAAUGCUGCUGCAGCUGUUCUUAAGUGUAUGGAUUCAAAUAUUAUUGUGUUGCACUUUUCUCAGCUCCUAAUUGGAACCUAAAUUAAAGACAAUAGAAGAUACAGAAGAAUGAAAUGGGGAUAGACAUUAUCUGCCAAGAUACAUUUACACAUACUGGUGCUUUUAAUCCCCACAUAAAAAGAAUACUUAAAGGAAGUAUGGCUGUGGUGGUUGAUAAAAUAUGUAAGGUAUAACCUGACAAGUGUGUUAAUUGGUUGCAUUUGUAGGCUGGAGGCUUAUCAGCUACAGGUGUUGUUGCACAUGAGACA